CUGGCCGCCGUUCCCAACCUGCAGGACGCCUACUACAACGAGCUGGACCAGUCCCAGUGGGGCCUGACUCCGGUCGCCCAACUGGACACUUACAAGGGCCUCAUCUUCGCCACCUUCGACCCGGCGGCGCCUCCGCUGCUGGACUACCUCGGCCCCAUGGCCUGGUACCUCGACACCCUCUUUGACCGCCGCGAGGGCGGGGCCGAAGUCCUCAGUGGCGUCCACAAGUGGGUGGUCCCCUGCAACUGGAAGUUCCCGGCCGAGAACUUCGUCGGAGACGCCUACCACGUGCAGUGGUCCCACUUGGCCACUCUCCGAACCGGGUUCGGCAUUACCCGCGGCACCACCCCCGGCGGCGGGAAUGUCUCCCCCGGUAACGGCCACGGCAUGAUCGCUUAUGCCGGCCACCACACCGCCGAGCCCCUGCAGAUACUCGUGGACUACGAGGAGGACACCCGGGAGGAGUUUGAGGCGCGUCUCGGCCCUCGCGCCCGGAUGCUGAACCCCAUCGUGGGAACGGUGUUUCCCAACUUCUCAGUGAUUAAGACCAACUCCCACUCCCUCCGCGUCUGGCACCCCAAGGGUCCCCACAGCAUCGAGAUCUGGGCCUGGACAUUCACCGACUGCGCCGCUCCCCCCGAGGUGAAGGGGGCCCUCCGCAAGAUUGCCGCAUACGGAUUCAGCCCCUCCGGGACCUUCGAGCAGGACGACAUGGACAACUGGCAGAACUGCACCCUCACCAGCAGGGGAGUGGUGGCCCGCCGCCAGAUGCUCAACUACCAGAUGGGCCUCGGCCACGAGACCUGGAACCCGGACUACGAUGCCCUCACCAGCCAGUACCGCUUCAGCGACAGCAACCAGCGCCAGUUCUACAGGCGCUGGAGCCAGCUGAUGGCCGCCGAGUCCUGGGCCGACCUGUAG